AUUGGGAAGAAUGUGAUCUGUGACAGGACCGCCACUCCUCUGGAUGCCUUUCGAAUGAUGUCAGCUGCCCAGUACUACCCAAAACUGCUAAGCAUCAUGGGCAAUGUGCUGCGUUUCUUGCCAGCUUUUGUUCGCAUGAAGGAGCUUUUGGAGGAAGGAUACAUCGGAGAACUACUUGUCUGUGAGGCCCAGGUCCACAGUGGCAGCCUCCUGGGGAAGAAGUACAACUGGAGCUGUGAUGAUCUGAUGGGAGGCGGUGGCCUACACUCUGUGGGAAGCUACAUCAUUGACCUGCUGACAUUUCUGACUGGCCAGCGUGCUGUGAAGGUUCACGGCUUCCUCAAGACUUUCGUCAAACAGACAGACCACAUCCGGGGCAUCCGCCAGAUCACCAGUGAUGACUUCUGCACCUUUCAGAUGGUCCUGGAGGGAGGCGCCUGCUGCACCGUCACGCUCAACUUCAACGUCCCCGGGGAGUUCCGGCAGGAGGUGAUAGUAGUGGGGACAGUUGGGAGGCUAACGGUCAUGGGAAUAGACCUCUAUGGACAGAAGAACAGUGGUGGGGGGGUUAGUGCUGCGGGACCAGAACUGCUGCUCAAAGACAGCACGUCUCUCCAACAAGCCUCCCUGCCAGAAAAGGCAUUCAGUGACAUUCCAUCCCCUUACCUUACCGGGACCAUACGCAUGAUCCAGGCCGUGCGGCAGGCCUUCCAGGACCAAGACGACCGGCGAACGUGGGACGGAAGGCCUCUGACAAUGGCCGCCACUUUUGAGGAUUGUCUUUACGCACUUUGUGUGGUGGACACAAUCAAGAAGUCCAACCAGUGUGGCGAGUGGCAGAACAUUGCCGUCAUGACAGAGGAACCAGAGGUCAGCCCAGCCUACCUGAUCAGUGAGGCAAUGCGACGCAGCAGGAUGUCCCUGUACUGUUAG